AUGGUCAAGGCUGUCAGUGUUCUCCGUGGUGACUCCAAGGUCUCUGGUACCGUCGUCUUCGAACAGGAGUCUGAGUCUGCUCCCACUACCGUCACCUGGGACAUCACCGGUAACGACCCCAACGCCAAGCGAGGAUUCCACAUCCAUACCUUCGGUGACAACACCAAUGGCUGCACUUCCGCUGGCCCUCACUUCAACCCUCACAACAAGACCCACGGUGCUCCUUCUGACGAGACCCGUCACGUUGGUGAUCUCGGAAACGUCGAGACUGACGCCCAGGGCAAUGCCAAGGGCUCCGUCACUGACUCUCUUAUCAAGCUGAUUGGCCCUCACAGCGUCAUUGGCCGAACCGUUGUUAUCCACGCUGGUACUGACGACCUUGGCAAGGGUGACAGCGAGGAGUCUCUCAAGACUGGUAACGCUGGUCCCCGACCUGCUUGUGGUGUUAUUGGCACCUCACACGAUCUCAACUACAACUCCACAUACUUGGAUGAAGCUCUCCCUUUCUUCCUUUGUUUUCUUUUAUCUUGCUGUCCUUGUUUGGGUUCAAUUCUAAUUUCUCAACAAGGCUCGAAUCAGAAAUACAACUUUCUUCUCCCAUUUCAGGUCUCUCCGUCUCGUCUCACUGUCUUCACCAUAAUGUCCAAAUCUUUUAUCGGAAAUGUCAAGAGUGUGCUCAGUGGCGACACUCUGAUAUUGACCAGCCCCAACAAUCCGAAUGCCGAGCGAACCCUGUCCCUUGCCUAUGUCACAGCUCCCCAUUUGAAGCGCGAGGGCGACGAGCCUUUUGCCUUCCAGUCUCGCGAGUACCUCCGAAACCUCGUUGUUGGAAAACCCGUUCAAGCAACUGUUCUCUACACGAUUCCUACAUCUGGCCGUGAAUUUGGAACUGCUCAGCUCAAGGAUGGCACCAACCUUCCCGAUGAGCUUGUCAAGGCUGGAUGGUUGAAGGUCCGCGAGGACGCUGGUCGCAAAGAAGAGUCUGACGAGGUCCUCGAUCGCCUCGAGACUCUCCGCCAGCUCGAGAAUAAGGCAAAAGCCGAGGACAAGGGUCUCCAUGCUGGGGUUGGUGGCAUCAUCGAGGUUCAGAAUGACCUUGGUGGCCCUGAAUUCAUGAAAGAGUGGAAGGGCAAGACUGUGGAUGGUGUGGUGGAGCGAGUUCUCAGUGGUGACCGUCUCCUGGUGCGACUUUUGCUCUCUGAGAAGAAGCACGUUCAGUCCAUGACCUUGAUUGCUGGUAUCCGAACGCCUUCCACCGAACGAACACUUCCUUCUACCGGUGCUACCCAGCCCGCUGAGGAGUAUGGAAACGAAGCCAAAUCUUUCGUUGAGUCAAGAUUACUCCAACGUCAGGUCAAGGUCGAGAUCGUCGGUGCUAGCCCACAGGGCCAACUCGUCGCCGCCAUUAUCCACCCCCGCGGAAAUAUUGCCGAGUUUUUGCUGCAGGAAGGUCUCGCACGGUGCAACGACUUCCACUCUACCCUUUUGGGUGAGAAGAUGGCUGCUCUCCGUAACGCUGAAAAGCAGGCUCAAUCAAAGAAGCUCCGAAUCCACAAGCAUCACGUUGCCAAGACUGAAGGCGGGAACCAGGAUGCAAUUGUUUCAAAGAUAAUCGGAGCCGACACUAUUCUCAUCAGAAAUAAGGCUGGAACGACGGAAAAGCGCAUCAACCUUAGCAGCGUACGCGGACCCCGAACUACAGAGCCUUCUGAGAGCCCGUUCCGUGAAGAGGCCAAGGAGUUCCUUCGCCAGAAGCUCAUCGGAAAGCAAGUUCGCAUCAGCAUUGAUGGCAACAAGCCUGCAACAGAAGGGUUUGAGGCCCGAGAAGUUGCUACAGUCACUGAGAAGAACACCAACAUCAACCUCCUCCUAGUCGAGAAUGGAUGGGCUUCAGUCAUCCGACAUCGCAAAGAUGACACUGACCGAGCCCCCAACUAUGAUGAUCUUCUUGCUGCCCAAGAAAAAGCGAAGGAUGAGAAGAAGGGUAUGUGGUCUGGCAAGCCUCAGAAGGCCAAACAGUACACCGACCUUUCGGAGAACACACAAAAGGCAAAGAUUAUGUUAGCUACGCUACAACGGCAAAAGAAGGUCCCUGCCAUUGUUGAUUUCUGCAAGGCCGGUUCGAGAUUCACAAUCUUGAUUCCCCGCGAGAAUGUGAAGCUGACCAUGGUCUUGGGCGGUAUCCGUGCUCCCCGAGCUCCCCGAGCCGAUGGUGAGGGUGGCGAGCCUUUCGGUAAAGAAGCUCUUGAUCUCGCCAACCGUCGUUGUAACCAGCGCGAUUGCGAGGUCAAUAUCCAUGAUAUGGAUAAGGUUGGUGGCUUCAUUGGUGAGCUCUACAUCAACCGUGAGAACUUCACCAAGGUUCUGGUCGAAGAGGGACUCGCUUCCGUUCACGCCUAUUCGGCUGAAAAGUCCGGCAACGCCACCGAACUCUUUGCUGCCGAGAAGAAGGCCAAGGAGGCUCGAAGGAACUUGUGGCAAGAUUGGGACCCAUCUCAAGAUGAGGAGUAUGAGGAAGAGGAUGCUGCUGAGGCUGCACCCGAGGUCGACGUGUCUCUUGACAAGAAACCUACCGAUUAUCGAGAUGUCAUCAUCACCAAUGUUGAUGCCAAUGGGAAGAUUAAGGUCCAGGAGAUUGGCAAGGGAACAGCUGCUCUGGAAAGCUUGAUGACCGAAUUCCGAAAGUUCCACCUGGAUUCCAAGAACAACAACCCUCUCAAAGAUGCGCCCAAGACAGGAGAGUACGUGUCAGCCAAGUUCUCUGCUGAUGGUCAGUGGUACCGAGCUCGGGUGAGGGCCAACGACCGCACUGCCAAGAAAUCUGAGGUUGUCUACAUCGACUAUGGUAACAGCGAGAAGGUUCCCUGGUCCAGCCUGCGGGCUCUCGACCAGCCCAAGUUUGGUGCGCAGAAGCUGAAGGCCCAAGCCAUUGACGCUUCCCUGUCAUUUGUUCAGCUUCCUACUGGUGCUGAUUACUUUGAGGACGCCAUUGGUUACAUCUAUGAUAUUACCGAGAACAAACGACUUGUUGCCAGCUUUGACUUUGUCGACAACAAGGAGAACGUGAGCUACGUCACGCUAUACGAUACUGGAUCUUCGGGCGAGCUGCCCGGCCCUAACGACUCGGUUAACAAAGAGGUUGUUGCCGGCGGAUACGGCAUGGUGCCCAAGAAACUCAAGGCUUGGGAGCGCAGCAAGGUCUUUGAGCCUACUCUGAAACAUCUCAAGGAGGUCGAGGCCCAGGCCAAGCAAGAUCGCCGUGGCAUGUGGGAGUACGGAGAUAUUACCGAGGACUAG